UUUAGAACAGCAAAAACAGUGACGCGAAUCGGUGCGCCUGUGGUAGCUGCACCUUAGCCGGUGCUAACGUUAUUAAAUGUAGACGUAAGUUAUAAGAAUGACGUUUAUAAGACGGAAUGUACUUGUAUGUCCGUUUUCUGUAGCUGCUUAUUUGGAUUAAAAACACUUGGCCGGUCUGAGAGGACUGGCGAGUUGCUGCAACUGUGCAGAAUGGUAGCUGUAGGAUGGGGAAAUGUUCCAACUUUUCAGGCUUUGAGGAAGAAACAUUUCGUCAUCCUCAGCUUGACAUUUCCGCUUGAGUAAAGUUAUUGCUGUAGUUUGCCGUGAAGCUUGAAAUCUAACGCUGUAAUUGCAGUGGUUCUUCUGAAUUUGAGCUGUUUUAGAGGAGCAGAGAUGCUGAACGUGCCCUCGCAGUCUUUCCCUGCAGUGAGUUCACAGCAGCGGGUCGCUUCCUCCGGCCAGCCCAGGAACAAGGUGGCCCUAAAGCCAGGUCAUAGUCUUAUGGACUGGAUAAGGCUUACUAAAAGUGGCCGUGAUCUGACUGGACUGAAGGGGAGAUUGAUCGAGGUGACAGAAGAGGAACUAAAGAAACACAACACAAGAAAUGAUUGUUGGACAUGUAUAAGAGGUAUGGUGUAUAAUGUGAGUGCAUACAUGGAUUUUCACCCUGGUGGGGAGGAGGAGCUGAUGAAGGCAGCUGGUAUUGAUGGCACUGACCUGUUUGACCAGGUCCACCGUUGGGUGAAUUAUGAGUCCAUGUUGAAAGAGUGCCUGGUGGGCAGGAUGGUGGUAAAGGCCAGUACAGCAAUAAAAGCACAGCCACAGAAAGCUGAGAACACCCAUCUGAAUGGUCUUGGUCCUCCUGCUACUUUGCUGUUGAAUUCAGCAGCAGCUGCUCCAGUGCCGAAAGACAAUCGCCCUCGAUAUGACUGGUUCCAGACAGACGAAACUGUUAAUAUUGUUAUUUACACCAAGCGUAAGAUUCCUAGAUCUGGUUGUACAGUAGUGGACCUUCAAGGAAACAUUCUGCGGAUAGAGCUGCUCUUAGGACACUGGUCAUAUCUACUUCACUGGAAUCUUUCUUAUGAAGUAGAAGAAAAUGUUGAUGUUCAGACAGUGAGUUCAGUAGGGAAGGUGGAGGUGUGCCUGCACAAAGUGCCCAAAGCCAAGUGGACACAAGUGGGUCAACCCCUAGAAUCCCAUGACUCAUUUAUUCAGAGUAAACAGCGGGGACUGUUCUACAGAGACUGUGUAUUGGUUUCGAAGAAAGAAGUUACACAUGACACACAGCUCUUCUGUUUCCGGUUACCUCCUGGAGCACACAUGCACAUCCCUGUGGGGAGACAUGUCUACCUCAAAGCUUCCAUUCAGGGCGGCGAUGUUGUAAAGCCCUACACACCAGUAGACCAGGUGCUCAUGCCCCAGAUUCACUCCAGCAACACACUGAGCUCUGCAAUCUAUCUGAUGAUUAAGGUCUAUCCUGAUGGAGUGUUCACACAACAUUUGGGCAACCUUGACAUCGGAGCCUCUGUGUCCAUGAGCGGUCCAGAGGGUCCCUUUACAGUCAGGAGUCUACAUGAUGUCACUCAUUUGUACCUCUUAGCUGCUGGCACUGGUUUCACACCCAUGGCUCGCCUCCUCUGCCUAGCCUUACAGGACCUCCCUUCUGUCAGAAAGACCAAGCUGAUUUUCUUUAAUCGUCAAGAGAGAGACAUCCUGUGGUACUCUCAACUGGAGCAGCUGUGUGCAGAGGAAGCGAGAUUUCAGGUUGAAUACGUUCUCUCAGAGCCUGUGGGCUCAUGGACAGGUAAAGGAGGACGAAUAGACACCACUAUGCUGCAGACUUUCCUGGAAAGACCCGAAGACUCCAAGUGCUUUGUGUGUGUGUGUGGGCCAACUGGUUUCACUGAGCUGGCAGUGCAGCUGGUCAAGCAGCAGGGAUUCAGUGAAAAGGAGAUUCAUGCUUUCAAGAGUUGAGUCCUAAAGAGUUAGUACUAGAGAUUUCUAUGCAUCACAGACUGCACAGACCUUUUGUAACUCCCAGUGACUGAUUUGAGGUUGGCAAACAGCGAUGUUGGUAUUUAACAGUGCUCCUGUCUGAUGUGUACGAUCAUCUGGAAAUCCUAUGCACGUACUUCAUCUAAGCAUUUCCGGGGCAUACUUCUGUCAUGAGCCGCUCUUAUUUCACCUGUAAACUCUUGAAGGAAUUUUCCAUCUUUAGUUGUGGCAUAUAGCACUGCCAGUUUUUGUCUAUUUAUAUUUUAUCCAACAAAUGCUUUUUUGUUGUUGUUAUGUUUUGUUAUAUGGAAUGAUCAUGUUGAUUUGACUAAAUAUAUGUCACUCUGAGCUAAUGCAGCCACUGAAUGCUAAUUCCAGAUGUAUAUGAGUCUGUUUAAAAUGUUAGCCAGAAUCAGUUGAAACGUUAACUGUGCAGAUUCUUUAUAGUUUGGUUUGGUAUUCAGCAAUUUAUUUUUAUUUAUUAUUUUAACUUAAACAUGCCAUUACAUCAGAAAAGGCCUAACUGGUAACCGAGAUCUUGAGUGUGAAAGUGGUUUCAGAAACGCAAGGUUAUUUGUUAGACAGGUUUUAAUUUCAACUAGCUGAACACUGAAACAGUAGAACCACUCAAGCGGAGACAACAAAUGUCUUAGCUUUUUGUCUUUUUCUUUUGAUUGGACUGACUCGGGCUUGUCUUACCCGAGUCUCCAGAUUAGUCUUUUGUCAAGUGAGACAGUUUUACGAACAUUAUUAGGUAGCGGGAUCUCUCUGAUUUAGCAGGACUCUGACGUUGGUGCAAGGAAGGUGGAAUUGUACACAAAAAAAUCACAAUAAAAUUAUAUUUAAAAAGA